GCCCGCUAUAUAAGCGCAGCCCCGCGGCCGGGCCUUCCUCUCGCCGCCGCUCCGCUGCCUCCUCCUGGCUCACCGCUGUUCGCUGGGCCCCGCACCGCCCCGCCCGGGAAUAAGUCGGCCAGGAAGGCCCCGCUGCCGCCAUGGCGUUUAAGGACACCGGCAAGGCACCCGUGGAGCAGGAGGUGGCCAUCCAUCGCAUCAGGAUCACGCUGACGAGUCGCAACGUGAAGUCACUCGAGAAGGUCUGUGCCGACUUGAUCAGAGGUGCUAAGGAGAAAAACCUCAAGGUGAAAGGACCUGUUCGCAUGCCCACCAAGACUCUGCGCAUCACCACCAGGAAGACACCUUGUGGGGAGGGUUCGAAGACCUGGGACCGUUUCCAGAUGCGCAUCCACAAGCGGCUCAUCGACUUGCACAGCCCUUCCGAGAUCGUGAAGCAGAUCACUUCCAUCAGCAUCGAACCGGGUGUAGAAGUCGAAGUCACUAUUGCUGAUGCCUAAAAGAUGGUCAUCUACUUUGAAUAAAGCCGACUUACAAAUUUUA